AUGGCGUCCAAGACCAACGACCAGAUGGACAGGUCAUUCUUGACGGCUUCCAUACCAAAAUUAUUAGAGGAGAUGACGGAAGAAGAGAAGAUUUCGCUACUAGCAGGGAAGGAUUGGUGGAACACCGUGCCCGUUCCAAGAUUGAAUAUUCCUAGCAUAAAAGUCACGGAUGGACCCAAUGGCGCUCGAGGGGAUAGUUUUUACCAUAUGUGUCCCGCUACUGCCCUUCCUAAUGCAACCUGUCUGGGAGCGACCUUUUCCACGGAACUGGCCGAACUCAGCGGUUCUUUACUCGCUGACGAGGCCAGAGCUCGUAAUGCAUCCUGUCUCUUGGCACCUACAAUCAACAUUCAACGAUCACCUCUCGGUGGACGAGCUUUCGAGUCGUACGCCGAGGAUCCGACUUUGUCAGGGUUGAUAGCUGCCUCAUAUGUUAAUGGUCUACAGGAUAAAGGUGUGUCAGCGACAAUCAAACAUUUCGUUGCGAAUGAUCAAGAACACGAGAGGAUGGGUCAAGAUAGUAUCAUCGCUUCCAGACCCUUACGAGAUAUCUACCUACGACCUUUUCAGCUCGCUCAGAAACACUCCAAACCUUGGGCAUUCAUGACCGCCUAUAACAAAUUAAACGGUACCCACUGUUCCGAAAACAAAUGGUUGUUGACCGAUGUCUUAAGAGGAGAAUGGAAAUUCGAUGGUCUAGUCAUGUCAGAUUGGUAUGGUACAUACUCGGUAUCCGAUUCGGUGAAUGCGGGGUUGAAUUUGGAGAUGCCCGGAGAAGCUAGAUGGAGACAACAGACACUUAUCGCCCAUUCGAUAUAUUCCCACAAAAUCGAUCCUCGUACGUUAGAUAAGAGAGUCUCGGAGAUUAUGAAUUGGGUGCAGAAACUGGCCCAACACAAUGAAGAGCUAGUUUACGCUAAACCAAAUAAAGAGAAGACUAGAAUAGAAGAGAAAGAAGCGGAUGCGAAGAUACUGCGAAGGAUUGGCGGUGAAGGAAUCGUUCUGUUAAAGAACGACCAAGAUGUUUUACCGUUGAACAGACCCAAUACGAAAGUCGGUGUGAUCGGUCCUAAUGCCAAAGCUAAGGUACUGACUGGUGGUGGAUCGGCACAACUCCGAGCCUCCUGGUCGGUAUCACCUUGGGAAGGGUUGGUGCAUAACAAGCCUGAUGAUGUCGAUCUAUCCUACUCUCUGGGAGCGACUACCUCAAAAUACCUUCCUCUGCUCGGUGAGGAGUUCACUACCCUGGAUGGAAAACCGGGUUUCGACCUCAGACAUUACGCCAUCAACAAAGAGAGUGGUGAAAAGGAAGAAAACCCGGUAUUGACUGAACAACGGGAUACAUCCGACAUGUUCAUGGCCGAUUUUCACCCUCCUGAAUUGGGAGAUCAGUACUUCACGGAGUUAUUGGCUAUCUUCACACCGGGAGAAAGCGCCGAAUGGGUAUUCGAAUCGACGGUAACCGGUCAAGCUUGGUUAUGGAUAGAUGACGAUUUGAUCAUUGAUAAUUCCAAAUACACAUCGAGAGGUACUUCUUACUUUGGUUCAGGAUCCGUUCCUCUUCAACGUACCUUCAAAGUUGAAACCGGCAAGUCUUACAAUAUAAGAUAUCUACAUGACUCUCGAAUACCCUCCACGUUGAUCACCGCCGGGUCCACCCCCUUGACCGUCGUCGGAAUCCGAUUAGGUGCCUUCCCCAAAUUCGAACCUGAACAAGCUAUCAAAGAUGCUGUGGAGUUGGCUAAAAACGUUGAUGUGCCUCUGAUCAUCGCUGGUUUGAACGCUGAUUGGGAGAGUGAAGGGUAUGAUCGACCUGAUUUGUCUUUACCCUUACGAACCAACGAGCUUAUCUCGCGUGUGGCCGAGGCGAAUCCCAAGACGGUCAUUGUCAUCCAGGCUGGAUCGGCUGUAUCUAUGCCUUGGAUCGAUCAGGUUUCCGGCGUAGUUUACGCAUGGUAUGGUGGUAAUGAAUGUGGUAAUGCGAUUGCGGAUAUAAUUUACGGUAAAGUAAACCCAUCCGGAAGACUACCUAUCACGUUCCCUGUAAAAGAGACAGAUAUCCCUGCCAAUACCAAUUACAAAUCCGCCAGGACCAAGACAUACUACGAGGAAGGUAUUUGGGUAGGAUACAGAUGGUAUAACGAAAGACAGAUCAAACCUUUAUUCCCCUUCGGCCAUGGUCUCUCUUACACCACUUUUGAAUAUGAUAAUCUAAAAAUUACCAAUCAACCACCCAAAAACGCUAAAGCCGACGAGUGGAAAUUGGAAGUUCAAGUAGAUGUGAAGAAUACUGGUAACAUUCCAGGGAGUCAUUCUGUCCAUGUCUACACUUGUCCGCCUAAAGAAACGGAGACUAGUUUGAAACAUCCCAAACAGACUUUACAAGCAUUCAAGAAAGUAUCAGAUCUCAAACCUGGAGAAACCGUCACGGUUAAAGUGAUUCUUGACAAGUAUGCUAUCUCCCAUUGGGACGAAGGGUAUAACUCCUUCAGAGCUGAAUUGGGUGAAUGGUAUGUCAAGAUUGGUAAAGAUGCUGAGACGAUGAUUGGAGAAGCCAAGUUCGUUAUCGAGCAGGAGAUUGAAUGGACUGGUUUGUAA